AUGCCUUUCACUUACAAGACCGUCCUCAUUGUUGGCGCGACCUCUGGCAUUGGUGCUGGCUUGGCUGACAAGUUCAUUUCAGAGGGAUCCAAGGUCAUCGCUGUUGGUCGCCGGCAGGAUAGACUGGACGCUUUUGUAGCAAAGCAUGGCUCUACCAAGGCGGCCGCUGUCAAGUUUGAUGUUACCGACAGCAAUGGCAUCGACUCCUUCGUCAAGAAGGUUAUCACAGAGCAUCCUGAUUUGGACUGCGUCUUUCUAAACUCUGGUAUCCAAAGCUCGACACGUUUGUCGCGAGCGGCCGAGUUCGAUCUCGCCAAAUUCCAUGAUGAGAUCAAUGUGAACUUUACCAGCAUCGUUAACCUGAUCAUGAAAUUCCUGCCUCCCUUGCAGGCAAAAGAGACGCCCACGUCCUUGAUCAUCACGGGAACUCAUCUGGCCAUUGUGCCGGCCGUCACCAUGGCAGGAUACUCGGCUUCCAAGGCAGCCUUGACUUCCUUCAUCGACUGUGUUCGUGAGCAAAAUCGGCACAAGUCUACCAAGAUUAUCGAACUUUACCCCCCUGUGGUUCAGACCGAACUGCAUGACUGGAUGGGCGAGGAAAAGGGCCGGGCUCUGGGAAUGCCUCUGAAUGAGUUCAGCGACAUUGCCUACAAUGAGCUGCUCAAGGCAGACGAUUUAAUUGUGAUCGGCUCCAUCGCUACAGAGUCACGAGACAACUACAUGGACUUGGUAAACAAGCGCCGGACGAUAUUCAACAAGCUUUCGGGAGCAAUGCUGUCGCGCUUCGAGCUGUAG